AUGACGGUGCUGGUCAAGCUGAACGUUGUGCCCUGGGACCGCGCCUACUUCCUGUCUCAGGCCUUCCUCUUCCCCCUGUCCAUCUGCCUGGCGCACUCCAACAACUGCCUCAAUCCGAUGCUCUACUGCCUGCUGCGCCGCGACUUCCGCCAGGGCCUGCGAGAGCUCUGCAGCCGGCCGGGCCAAGCGCCCCAUGGACCUCCGACCGUCCUCCGACUGCCCUGCCCCAGCUACAGCACUCUCUGA